AAACCGUAGGACCCCGGAGGUCGGAAGUGGGGCAUCCGGACCGCCGGGAACUGUAGUUCUCCAGAGAGCGGAAACGGGGGCUAGCGGCCGGGCGGCAUGGCGGGGCUGGAGCUUCUGUCGGACCAGGGCUACCGGGUGGACGGGCGGCGCGCCGGGGAGCUACGUAAGAUCCAGGCGCGGAUGGGUGUAUUCGCGCAGGCCGACGGCUCGGCCUACAUCGAGCAGGGAAACACCAAGGCGUUAGCGGUGGUCUACGGGCCUCACGAGAUCCGGGGCUCCCGGGCACGAGCUCUGCCUGACAGGGCCCUGGUGAACUGUCAGUACAGUUCUGCGACCUUCAGCACAGGUGAGCGCAAGCGGCGGCCACACGGGGACCGUAAAUCCUGCGAGAUGGGCCUGCAGCUGCGUCAAACCUUCGAGGCAGCCGUCCUUACACAGCUUCAUCCACGCUCCCAGAUUGAUAUCUAUGUGCAGGUGCUGCAGGCAGAUGGUGGCACCUACGCGGCUUGUGUGAAUGCAGCCACGCUGGCAGUGUUGGAUGCAGGGAUACCUAUGCGGGACUUUGUGUGUGCCUGCUCAGCUGGCUUUGUGGAUGGGACAGCCCUGGCAGACCUCAGCCACGUGGAGGAAGCAGCUGGCGGCCCCCAGCUGGCCCUGGCCCUGCUCCCGUCCUCAGGCCAGAUUGCACUGCUUGAGAUGGAUGCCAGGCUGCACGAGGACCAGCUGGAGCAGGUGCUAGAGGCUGCUGCCCAGGCCGCCCGAGAUGUACAUACCCUACUGGACCGUGUGGUCCGGCAGCACGUCCAGGAGGCCUCUAUCUUGCUGGGGGACUGAGCACGUGGCCACCCAGGGCCAGAAUAAAACCCACGCACACUG